CAGGUAAAGCGACGACGACAAAGUCGCGCUUGGUUUAAGCACUCAAACAGAAGCUUGUUGCCUUCUAUAAGAUAAACACGCAACUUAUGUGGCAUGAGCUACAUUACAACUGCAACGACGAAAGAGCUACAAAAUGUUUGCAAGGACCACAGCAAAGUACGUGGAGGAAAAGGACCGUGGUCCUCAACGACUGGAAGAUCUUUGGCUGCAGCCUUAUGUUGUGUUGCACAGAGUAGACCUCAGUGAAGCGAUUCGUCCUGAACAGCAGGAGCAAGAGCGCAUUCGCAUUAAAAAGGAAGAUGUGGGCAAAGAGGUCCACCACUUGAAUGAACAAAUGGAGCAGACAUUUCUUUGCGCUAUAAAAGAGGAGGAAGAGCCAGAGCUGCCUUGUAUUAAAGAGGAGAGAGAAGACUCCUGCGACAUUAAAGAGGAGGGAGAAGACUCCUGUGACAUUAAAAAGGAGGAAGAAGAGGAGGAGAUCUGCAAGGUGCCAUUGACUGGUGUAUUUGUGACGAGUUUAGAUGAGGGUCAACAUGAAAUGAGCAAAGGGGCGGAGCCUCCAAGCUGCAGCUCAAGUCAACAAAUGACCAGAGAAGACCUCAGUGAACAGCAGGAGCAAGAGCGCAUUCACAUUAAAAAGGAAGAUGUGGGCAAAGAGGUCCACCACUUGAAUGAACAAAUGGAGCAGACAUUUCUUUGCACUAUAAAAGAGGAAGAGCCAGAGCUGCCUUGUAAUAAAGAGGAGAGAGAAGACUCCUGCGACAUUAAAGAGGAGGGAGAAGACUCGUGUGACAUUAAAAAGGAGGAAGAAGAGGAAGAUAUCUGCAAGGUGCCAUUGACUGGUGUACCUGUGACGAGUUCAGAUGAGGGUCGACAUGAAAUGAGCAGCAAAGCGACGGAGAAACCUUUUUCCUGCUCAGUUUGUGGCCAAAGAUUCUCUAAUAGGGGACAUUUAAACACGCACACUAGAAUCCACACUGGCGAGAAACCUUUUUCAUGCUCAGUUUGUGGCAAAAGAGUCUCUCAUAGGGGACAUUUAACCAUUCACACAAGAACCCACACUGGCGAGAAACCUUAUUCAUGCUCAAUUUGUGGCAAAAUAUUCUCUGCCAAUGGAAACUUAAAAAAGCACACAAAAAUCCACACUGGUGAGAAACCUUUUUCAUGCUCAGUUUGUGGCAAAAGAUUUCCUGCGAAGAGAUCUCUAACAAGUCAUACAAGAACCCACACUGGUGAGAAACCUUUUCCAUGCUCAGUUUGUGGCAAAAGAUUCAAUGACAAGGAAUACUUAAAAAAGCACACAAGAAUCCACACUGGUGAGAAGCCUUUUUCAUGCCCAGUUUGUGGCAAAAGAUUCUCUCAGAAGGGAACUCUAACAAUUCAUACAGGAACCCACACUGGUGAGAAACCAAAUUCAUGCUCAGUUUGUGGUCACAAAUUCUCUCAGAGGGGAAAUUUAAAAAGUCAUACAAGAAUCCACACCGGUGAGAAACCUUUUUCAUGCUCAGUUUGUGGCCAAGAAUUCUCUCAUAGGGGACAUUUAAACACGCACACAAGAAUCCACACUGGUGAGAAACCUUUUUCAUGCUCAAUUUGUGGCCAAGAAUUGUCUCGGAGGGGACAUUUAAACACGCACACAAGAAUCCAUACUGGCGAGAAACCUUUUUCAUGCUCAGUUUGUGGCAAAACACUUUCUACGAAAGGAACUUUAACACUUCAUUCAAGACUUCACACUGGUGAGAAACCUUUUUCCUGCUCAGUUUGUGGCCAAAAAUUCUCUCAGAGGGGACAUUUAAAAAUGCACACAAGAACCCACACUGGUGAGAAACCUUUUUCCUGCUCGGUUUGUGGCCAAAGAUUCUCUCACAGGGGACAUUUAAAUAUACACACAAGAACCCACACUGGUGAGAAACCUUAUUCAUGCUCAGUUUGUGGCAAACUGUUCUCUGACAAGGGAAACUUACAAACGCACACAAGAAUCCACACUGGUGAGAAACCUUUUUCAUGCUCAGUUUGUGGCAAAACAUUUUCUGUGAAGAGAUAUCUAACACUUCAUACAAGAAUUCACACUGGUGAGAAAGCUUUUUCAUGCUCAGUUUGUGGCAGAAAAUUCACUCAGAAAGGAUACUUAAAAAGUCAUACAAGAAUUCACACCCGGUCACCUGCCAAAGAGUCUAUUGAGAAUUCCGAGUGUGUUGGGGAGAUGAGCUAUGAUCCGUGAAGUUUUCACCUUCUAUUUGAGCGGACUUCAUGAGUUUUUGCAUCGAUGAUAAUUCUAUUCUAUGUACCUUUUGAUUGGGAUGCUGAGCUCCUUUACCACUGUUUGUAUUUUGGUUGUAAUGAAUUUGAAAAUAAAGUUAACCGCCCUCAGGAUAAUA